AUGUAUUCAUUUGGCUCUUAGGACAGAUUUCAAAAGACCAAGGAACCUUACUGCUAGAGAUCAGCUUAUGAUGUACCCUCUAGAAAGCAAAAGAGAGCAGCUGGUUUUGGGUACGGAAAGAAGCACGCUACUAUGAUCUCUGAAAAAACCAUAGAGUAAUAACCUGCUCCAGGAACAUAUGAAAUACCAUCUGAUUUCAAUUUGCAUAGAAAAUCCGUGCCCAAUUUAUUUGGAUCAUCAGCAAGAGACAAACUUUUUGAAUAGGUCAAGGUUCACGGGAAAAUGCCUGGUCCUGGAUAAUAUGAUCAUAUGAAGACGAGAAAUGAUGCACCAUCCUAUACCUUUAGAUAGAGGACAUCAUUCCAUGAUUUUUUGAAUCUGCAAGCUAAAAUUAAAGUUCCCGGUCCAGGUGAGUACACACCAAGAGUUGAGCUAUCUGACCCAGCAAGUUUCAUAAAUUCAAAAUUCAAGCAUGAAGGCUCAACUAUAUUUCCAACCAUAAAUAGUGGAUCCUCUAGCCAGAGAUUUCCAUAUGUAUCUAAAGAAAAACUUCCAUCUCCUCAGGAAUAUAACAUCAUGACUUAGAGUAUGUCUGGCGAGGGAAAGUACAUGAUUUCAAAAUUCAAAAACUCCAGAGCUCCCAAGAUUAGUCCAGGUAAGAUUAGAGGAGACAAAGAUCUGGUGCUGAAUAACAAUCCAGGUCCAGGUUCCUACUAGCCAUUUAGUGAAUUUGGAAAAGGUAAAAUUAGCUCUAUGAACAGAUAUGGUUUGCCAAAAAGUAUGCUAAAAACAGUCGAUUGA